AUGGGAGCGUCAACAUCUAGAAUAGAUGAAGAUAAAGCCUUACAGUUAUGCCGAGACAGAAAAAAGUUCGUCCAACAAGCACUUGAUGGCAGAUGUUUGUUAGCCGCUGCUCAUGUUUCAUACGUCCAAUCUCUAAAGAGUACAGGAACUGCUCUCAGGAGAUUUGCUGAGACUGAAGUUCCAGUGGAAUCUUCCUUGUACACAUCCACUAGUGCAACACCAGAGCAACAACCUCUUGCUUUAACCGAGAAAUCGGCUUCUCAUCCGUCCUACUCUCCUCCUCCUGCUUCACAUUCUCACCAUGACACGUACUCUCCUCCUUCGUCGCCUCCUGGUUCCAGUUCAUUUCAGGUCAAUCAUAUGAAAUUCAAAGGGUUCUCUUCGAAGAAAGUGGAAGAGAAACCGCCUGUUUCGAUUGUCGCUACUGUGACCUCGUCUAGUAUCAUCCCUCCAAGUAGGUCUGUGGAGAAGAUGGAGUCAACACCAUCUGAAGAAUCUUCCUCCAUGCCGUCUGAAACACCUCCUUGGGAUUAUUUUGGUCUUUCUCAUCCGAUUGAUAACCAGUUUUCUUCGUCUUCUCAUGUUGGGAAUGGUCAUGUGUCGAGAUCUGUUAAGGGAGAAGAUGAAACUCCGGAUGAUGGUGAGAAUUUUUCUUUUCAAGAAAGGGAAGAGUCUAGAGAUUCUGAUGAUGAUGAGUUUGAUGAGCCGACGAGUGAUACACUUGUGAGAAGCUUUGAAAACUUCAACAGAGUGCGUCGUGAUCACAGUGCUUUGCCUCAAAGAGAAGGAGUGGAAAAUGAGUUCUCAGACGCUGAGAAAAGUAAAACUCCAGAGUUGUCACCACCAGUUACGCCUUUAGCAGCUGCUACUCCAGUGAACAAGACACCGAACAAGAGAGACCACACCGAGAACAAGCUUCCUCCGAGGGAUUUCUUGUCAAGCAUGAAAGAGAUAGAGUUGCACUUUGUUAAAGCUUCAGAGACUGGGAAGGAGGUUCCUAGGAUGCUUGAAGCCAAUAAAUUACAUUUCCGUCCAAUAGUUCCAUCGAAAGAAAGUGGCGCCGGUGCAUCAUCACUGUUCAAAACCUGUCUCUCUUGUGGGGAAGACCGCGUAGAUGUACCAGAAGAGCCUGCUCAUGACUCGGUGAAGUACUUGACCUGGCAUAGGACUGAAUCUUCACGAUCCUCAUCUUCUCGGAAUCCUCUUGGAGGAUUGAAUUGUGAUGAUGUUGAAGAGCUCAAUAGCAAUCUCUUUGAAAACAUCUGCAUGAUUGCUGGAAGCCAUGCCUCAACUCUAGACAGACUGUAUGCUUGGGAGCGGAAGCUCUAUGACGAAGUUAAGGGGAGUCAGACUGUGCGGAGAGAGUAUGACGAAAAGUGCAGAGUGUUGAGAGAGCUUGAAUCAGAAGGUAAAGGCUCACAGAGAAUAGACAAGACACGUGCGGUUGUCAAGGAUCUUCACUCAAGAAUCAGAGUGGCGAUUCAUAGGAUCGACUCAAUAUCAAGACGGAUUGAAGAACUCCGUGACCAAGAGCUCCAGCCUCAACUUGAAGAACUCAUUGAAGGGUUGAGUCGAAUGUGGGAAGUGAUGUUGGAAUGCCACAAGGUCCAGUUUCGGUUGAUCUCAGCGUGUUACAGAAGCGGCAACAUAAAACUCAACAUGCAGUCGGAGUUGCACAGACAAGUAACAUCUCAUCUCGAAGAUGAGCUAAGCGCGUUGGCCUCAAGCUUCACAAAGUGGAUCACAGGACAGAAAACGUAUAUCAAAGCGAUAAACGAGUGGCUGGUGAAAUGUGUCGCCUUGCCAAAACAAUCCUCCAAGCGGAAACGGCGUGCGCCACCGCCGUCUCUGAGAAACUUUGGUCCUCCCAUCUACGCAACGUGUGGAAUCUGGCUAGAGAAGCUCGAAGAGUUACCUACGAAAGAGGUUUCUAGCUCCGUGAAAGCACUUGCUUCUGAUGUCGCCAGGUUCUUGCCAAGGCAGGAGAAGAAUCGGAACAAGAAGAAAAACGAUCACUUGUUGCAGGAUGAGACGUUGGAGGAUUGUGGUCCGGGUUUUGAUCGGUUUAGGACGAGCUUGGAGGGGUUUGUUGGACAGCUCAACCAGUUUGCAGAAUCGUCAGUGAAAAUGUAUGCAGAACUUAAGCAGGGGAUUGAAGAAGCCAAGAAAGCCAAGGAUAAGUAUGAGCAGAUGAAAGCUUUUUCACAGUCCCAGGGUAACUGA